AUGGACCUUUUCAAAGAAGACAUCAAGGCCGAGCCAAUCUGCAAUUUGUCCGUCCUCGAGGGCAGCGAGUCUCAGUAUGAUACCGACGAUGCGUAUCUCAAGUCUCUCGGAAAGUCGGCUGAGUUGCAUCGCGUCUACAAUUUCUGGACAUUAUGCGCCUACCAGGUUAUGAUCAGUGCGACAUGGACAUGCGUCGUCGUUUUCUACGGAGUCAUCUUUGACGUUGGCGGUCCAGCCUCGCUUCUCUACGGAUCCAUCAUCGUCGCCAUCGGCCAAACCCUGCUCAUGGCCUCACUCGCCGAAUACUGUGGAAUCUGGCCUACUGCAGGUGGUCAGCAGUUCUACGUCCAAAAGCUCGCUACCGAAAAGUACAGACCAUUCCUUUCAUACUUUGUCGGAUGGUGUCUGCUUCUAGCCGAGACUGCCACUGGCUCUUCAUGCGCCUUGAACACCGCCAACAUCAUUGGAACUAUGGUGACCAUCUUCCACCCAAAUAUUGACUGGAAGCCUUACCAAACGUUUUUGAUAUAUCUAGGAUUACUGGUUAUUCCGUUCCUGAUGAACUUGAAGCCUAGUGCACUUCCUUUCUACAGCACCGUCGGCGCAGUUUUCACAAUCCUCGGUUUCUUUGGCUGGGCUAUCACUCUCCUCGCCACAGCUCCUAAAUCCAGUGCGAAGUUCGUGUUUACUCAGUUCAUCAACAAUUCGGGAUACACAAGCAACGGAUGGGUUUUCAUACUAAGCUUUUAUAGCCCUAUGUAUGGCCUUUCCGGUACAGAUAGCAUGAUGCAUUUGGUUGAGGAGAUGAAGAACGCGGCUCAAGAUGCACCGAGAGCCAUGGUUUGGUCCAUGGUCCUUUCUGGCGUUGCUACUAUCGUCACUGACCUCAUCCUGCUUUUCUGCUGUGGCAAUUACACUGAGUAUGCGACAUCCUUGUCACCAUAUAUCACUUGGUUCUCGGGAGUGGCGGGAAGUGAGUACGCCGGUAUCUAUGUCGCGAUAGUCUUCGGCGUCGUAAACCUGCUUGUUUGUGCCGGUAUUCUGUCUUCGUGUUCCCGUCUUGGCUGGCGCAUGGCAGAGGACAAUGCAUUCCCAUGGUCCGAUCGUCUGCUAAAGAUCGAUCAAAAGCUUCAGAUACCUUUGAACUUCAUCUACGCGAUUAUGGCUGUUGAGGUUAUUAUCGGACUUAUCUCUUUAGGCAGUGAAUUGGCUUACAACGCCAUCGUCGGUGGUGCUGGACUUUGUUUCGCCCUCUCCUACGCGAUACCAGUUGUAGUGACUCUCAUCCGAGGUCGUUCAAUUCUCCCCCCUCGCCCUCACUUCGAUCUUGGCAGGUGGGGAUACUUUGUGAACUAUGUUUCUGUUGCAUGGGCCUUACUGACUGUUGUCAUCUACGUUAUGCCGCUAUAUCUUCCAGUCACAGGCGAAAACAUUAGCAACAUGAACUGGGCCUCACUCAUUGUCGGCGCGAUGUUCCUGUUUUCUGGUAUUUGGUGGAUAUUUGGCGCAAGAUUUAAGUAUUUGAAGGACGUCUCCAUUGACACCGAACCUCUCUCCGUGAUAGGAGAGUAG